CCGCCCGCUCAGAGCCGUGCACCGCAUGGUGGGGCGUUCCCGGGGCCCAGCGCCCGCACACAGACCACCAGACGCUUGGACAAAUAUGCUCUGUACCCUAGGGGAGUCGGGGCCGCUUCCGAGGUUGGUCCCGGCGAUGAACCGGUAACUCGUAUCCCGUCAGGAAGAACGCAGAGGUGGUCAGGCUGUACUGUUUCUUUAAGACCCUGUUCCGGCUGACACAGAGGAGAUCCUGGAGCCUGCGGUGACACGAAGCAGGACCAAGUUCUAAAGAGAGGAGGAGAGCCCAUCACCUGGCUUCAGUGUUCCCAGGGCGCAGUCCAUACAUCUCGAUGCAGAGGCCUCCAUGGCUGUGAUAAGCCUGCUGUUCUUGGCAGUGAUGUAUGUUGUUCACCACCCCCUCAUGGUCAGUGACCGGAUGGACCUGGAUACACUAGCCAGGAGUCGGCAGCUGGAGAAGCGAAUGAGUGAGGAGAUGCGGCAUUUAGUGACAGAGUUUGAAGAGAGAAAGCGAGCAGCUGAGCAGAAGCAGAGGGCAGAGAAUUUCUGGAGAGGAGACACAUCCAGUGACCAGUUAGUGCUGGGGAAGAAAGACAGGUGGCCAUUUCAGGCUGAAGGCAAGGAGGGUCCUCUGGGCUGGAUGCUAGGAAACCUUUGGAAUGUUGGCCUCUUUUGCCUUUUUCUCAUCUUUGAGCUCCUGAGACAGAACAUGCAACACGAGCCGGGCUUUGAGUCCAGCAGUGAUGAUGAAGAAGAGGAAGUCCGUAUUGUGCCAGUCACCACUUACAACUGGCUCACUGACUUCCCCUCCCAGGAGGCCCUGGAAUCGUUUUACAAACACUAUGUCCAAAAUGCCAUUCGUGACUUGCCUUGCACCUGUGAGUUUGUGGAGAGCUUUGUGGAUGAUCUCAUUGAGGCCUGCCGGGUACUCACUCGCCAGGAGGCUCACCCCCAAUUGGAGGACUGCCUGGGCAUUGGGGCUGCCUUUGAGAAGUGGGGAACCCUCCAUGAGACCCAGAAAUUUGAUAUCCUGGUGCCUAUUGUUCCGCCACAGGGCAUGACGUUCAUCUUGGAGAUGAGAGACCCAGCUCUUGGCCACCGCUGUGGUUGUGUGCGGUUAGAGUCGGAAUGUAUGUGCAAGCGAGAGAAGGUCCUGGGGGAUGUGUUGUGCCUGGUGCACCACCACAAGGACCAUCCGCUCUCCUUGGGCAAGAGUGCCAGCUCUAUCAAAGCUGCUUUCUGCACAGGUUUCCACUUGGAUGUGCGUAAGACUGUGCAGUGGUUCCGGAACAUGCUGGGCAAUGCUUGGGCCUUGGUGGCCCAUAAGUAUGACUUUAAGCUCAGUCUCCCACCAUCUUCUACCUCCUGCAAGCUCAGGUUGGAUUACCGCUCAGGCCGCUUUCUGUUAAUCAACUUGGUCCUGGGGGUGCAGCGGGAAGAUACCUUGGUCUACCUGGUGAGUCAGGCCUCUGAGCAAGAACAGCUCACUAGCGUGGACUGGCCUGAGUCUGUUGCAGCCUGUGAACACUUGUUCCUGAAGCUGGUAGGGCGCUUUGCUCCCGAGAACACAUGCCAUCUCAAGUGCCUCCAAAUCAUUUUGAGUCUCUGGGACCACCAGAGCCUUCCCACUGGGGCAUCCUGCCCCAUCCUUACCUCCUAUCACUUCAAAACAGCCCUCAUGCACCUGUUGCUACGGCUGCCCCUAGCAGACUGGCAGCAUAACAAACUCUCGCAGAGGCUCCAGGACCUCCUCUGGUUUUUGGGCCGUGGUAUCCAGCAAAGGUCUCUCCAACAUUUCCUCAUUGGCAACACCUUCCUGCCCCUGACUAUCCCAAUCCCUAAGUCAUUUCGGGAUGCUGAGCCUGUCAAUCUCUUCCAACACCUUGUGCUAAAUCCUGUGGCACACUCACAGGCAGUGGAGGAAUUCCACAACCUUCUAACCCAGGUGAAAACUCUGCCCUGUGCCCCACUGGUUGGAGCACUUUAAUAUAAAGGCCAUUAAAAAAAUGGGAGAAGGUAUUCUGA